AUGGCCGACCAACAACAACAGGUGAAGUGGCAGCAGCUGGCCGACCUAAUUCAGCGGCUGGGGCUGGUGUCCAGUGACCAGGAUGAGCCGCGAAAAGCUGCCCAGGUCGCGAGGAUGUCGACCCGCCAACUCCUGCAGGACCCGAUGCGGGCGGCCAUCUACAACCGGGGCUGGGCGGACCGCACAGCGGACAUCCAGCGGAGGUUGCGGCCACAGCGACCACCUUCAGCACCAAGUAGCCGCACCCCAUCACUGACGCGGCCACCAACACCAGCAACCACUCCUGGCCCCCCGACACCUGGCCCCGCAACACCCGCCCCCGUGACACCUGCGGAGCCGACGUCGGUACCCAGGUCAACGGGGGUACACCCCGCCCCGACGGUAAGGGUGAGGACGGAAGCGCAGCAGGCGCAGAACCGCAGAAAGUUCCAGCAGCUGAAGGAGAAGAGGAAGGCCAGGGAAAGCGAGGCAAGCCAACGACAUCGGCUUGCCAAGCAGCCUGCGCCAACCUCAGACCCGGAAGCAGCCUGCGUGCCACAGACCGACCACACACCGCCGGUAGCGAUGGAGGUAGACAAACCGGCGCCCGAGGACCGAAAGUCCGAGGAGCCGGGAACAUCUACCAACCAAACGCCACCUAACCAAUCAGGGACCCCGGACGGAAUAACCGAGGCGGAUUGGUUGGUGGCGUUUGAGGGGAUGCCGGAGAUGGAGUACGACCCCGCGUACUACACUCCGGUAGGGUCCCCAAAACACGAAUAA